AUCGCGGGUAUUGGUCCAGUUGGUGUGAGGGGUGAGGAUAACGUGGAUAACGAUGUGAGGGUCGACAUAGUUGUGGAGCCUGUAGCGAGGGGUGAUGGGGGGGUGCUCCUGGGAUAUCCCAUUCUUGUAGAGACUAUGAAGGUGCCUAAUGCUGUGGUGAGGGUCUGGUUAUUCCAGAUAUCGUUCAGCGAUGUGAUG